ACGUGUAGAAGAACUGAUGGUCCGUGACUGCUUUCCAGGAUCGUAAGGCGAAGUGCGUCAGGGAAGCUUUUGAGUGUUUUCUUGGGAUAUCUGCCAUUGCCAGGAGUACUUUGGUUGCCGUCUGGUCUCGUGUGUUAUAAUACUCCCGAACAAUUCUAAGAGGACUUAACGACGUAGCCUGAUCUUAGUGGAGACCCGUGAGGGCACCUGUCCUUCCUGAAAAAAAUUGAUUUGAGUAUUUGAAUACUAGUAGGCCACCACCAGCUUGCAUUGUGGAUACUGGCUGCGCGCGAACACCGUGUAUAACAGUGUUAUUUCUUUUGCAAUGGAUGUACAAUGCAGUGAUGUUUGUGCCAGCACACUUCAUGACCGGCCAGACCUGCUGAUGGCGGCAUGCGAGCUGUUGAACAGUGAGUGGGCACGUGGACUGUCUGCUCGUCAGCACAGUAUAAAGCGAUCGUCGGACGAACUGCCGUGCAGCUUGCUGCUUCUGGCCGGUGCGGACGGAGGAGAGAAGGUGGUCGGGUUUGCACGACUGUCGCGUGUGCUGGGAGCUGGCGACGGCAUGCUUGUCGAGUCCGUCGUGGUCGACAAGACGCUCCGGGGCCGCGGCCUGGGCCGUGCCGUGAUGGAGGCGGCAGAACGCUUUGCCGCGACGCACGGUUUCACAACCGUGUACCUAUCGACGCACGACAAAGAGGCGUUCUAUGCUCACCUGGGCUAUCGACAGUGCGGUCCUGUGGCUCUUCAGCCGAUGUCAACACAGAAUAUGUCGGAGUCGCAGAUGGGAUCUCUUACAGCUCUGUUCGGUAUUGCAACACAGCAGCCGAAACCAUCAGAGCAAGUUGCUCCCUCGACUCGCACUAGUGCCAGUCGAGAGGCAGGCGAUUCAGCGAUUUUGCCAUCGUGUGGUACCAGCGGCUGUGCAGCUGAUGAUGCGGAGUCGGUACCGGCACCUCCACCAUCUGGACCUCCGCCGCCACCACCACCGCCACCACCUCCAACGGCCACAUCCGCCAAAGAGCCAGAACUGCCAAUUGUCUGGAUGAAGAAGCAGCUGCCAGUAUCCUGAAACGCUGGCUACCAUUGUGUCGAGGUCAAUGUAAGCAAUACAUCACAUUCAUCAAUGAUGCUGAUACAGGCCGAACCCCGUGAGCGCUCCGAAGCACAUCUUCACCAAAGUCACAGUGGCACAGGAACAACUCUCCACAAUCCACUUGCUGCAUGCAUAAGCCACAUGUCUGUGUGACUCAGCAGUCGAACAGCGGUGCAGGAACUCGGCGAUCAAUUGUGCAUCUGCAUUUCGUAAGGUGAUUUGCGCAAUGGAAGCACGUUUCUAGGUCCUGGUUACGCCAAGACAGAGUCGCAUAGCCGUGCGCCUGCCGAGACAGGCCCAUCAGUGAAGACUGAGAAGCAGCGAGAGAAUAUUUCCGUGGUGCGUGUAUGUGCUGAUCUCUGUCUGCCGGUGUGCUGGCUGCAUCCGCGGUGGACUGGACAGAGCCGCAGCCGCGGUGGACUGGACAGAGCCACCAUGCUUGGUUUGAUACUAGCCUAGCUUUGGCGGAGCACAACGUGCCGGGCUGUGCUGCAAAUGUCUGAUUCGGCUUGCGACUGCUGAAAUGACGCCUCAUGCUUUGGCGCACUGUUUAGAAUCAGCUCAUUACAAGUAACGUUGAAUGCCGCUUGGUACAGCUUAGCUGGUGAGUGCUGCUUAGCUGGUGAGUGCUGCUUAGCUGGCGAGUGCUGCUUAGCUGGUGAGUGCUGCUUAGCUGGCGAGUGCUGCUUAGCUGGUGAGUGCUGCUUAGCUGGC